AUGGGUUCAUAUCUGGCCCCUCAGGUCAAAUACCAACGAGGAGAGCCCAGCGGCAAAGACAACUUGAUCGAGUUAUAUCAUUUGACAGAAAUUGCUAAUUCCGUUGCGCGCCAGGACCCGGUCACCGGUGCCAAACGCAAGCUACGGAAGUCCUACAAAAACCACAUUGCGGACCUGCCUGGAAAGCACACAAUUCCGACCAGGGGAGAGACGGUUUGGUCACUUGUGGAACUCGCGCACAUGCCUGCUCCAACCCGAGUAGACAUGCCGGAUUUGAAUCUCGGUCUCCUGAAUAAUUUGCGCUUCGAAAAGGCACCCGCCACAGGCGUUCCUGGCUUCGACCCCAAGCUUCUGGCGACAGCAACCCCUCAAAACGGCGACAUUUACGCUUAUUCGGCAGCACCUUCGCCAGCAGACAGAAAGGACCGCAAAAAGCGUAAGGAAGUAGGCCCCUUGCCGGCCGAGAAGCGCCGCAAGCUUUAG